UUGUUAAAAACUAACCGUAUUCGAUUUAAAGCAGCGUAGAUAGUAGUUCUCCGCUAUGGUGCGAAUUAUUUUAACUAGUUUAGUUUUGGUGGCGUCGCUCACAGGGUGUUGGGGGCUAGGAUUCGGUACCCCUUCACCAAAUAAGUGGCCCCUAAGGGUUUUUGAAGCUGACGACUACCUUAGAAAUCACUCGCAAAUUUUUAUCCCAAGAAGGGUGAUCAACGUUGGCGAAGAUAUCUAUUCUGCCAUUGGAUAUGCAUUGGCAAACAUGAUUAUGAUUAACGGACCGGACGGUAUCGUUAUCAUUGACACAACUGAAACUAUGAUCGAUUCGUGGACAGCAUAUGAAGACUUACGGAACGAAAUUGACGACUGGACAAAGCCAUUAGUUGCAAUUAUACUAACGCAUUUCCAUACAGACCAUUACGUCGGUACUUUUCGGCUACUUGAGCAUGCAGAGACACAAGGCUGGAAUGUCCGGAUAUUCACACACGAAACAACACUUGACGAAAUGGCUAGAUCAAGUGUUUUUAAGUUAUAUGCGAGCCGAAGAGGUACACGUCAGUUUGGCGAUGCACUUGUACUUGGAGAAGAACUGCUCAACGCCGGUAUAGGAUUGGAGUCGAAGCACAACGACACAAUUGUGAACGACACUUUAGUUCCAACUGACACUUAUAGAGAUAAUACCACAGUACAACUUGCUGGUCUCGAAUUUGAACUCAUGCGCACGAAAGGAGAAACGGACGACCAAACGUCUAUCUGGAUACCGAGCAAACGGGCUCUGUUUUGUGGUGACAAUCUUUACGAAGCUUUUCCAAAUCUUUAUGCUAUCAGAGGCAACCCGAACCGGUACGCUAAGGCUUGGUAUGAGAGCCUGGACAAAGUAAGAGCUUUAGGAGCAGAGUAUUUGAUACCUUCACAUACGGAGCCGGUGAUAGGUGCCGCAAAAAUUGAUGCGCUCUUUACAAACUACAGAAACGGUAUUAAGUUUGUUUUUGACCAAACUAUAAGGUAUAUGAAUUUGAACUACGAGCCUGAUGAUAUAGUUAUGCAGGUUAAAUUGCCGCCGGCCUUAGCCUAUCACCCUUACUUGUUGGAGUUUUAUGGCUCUGUAGAUUGGUCAAUUCGCAGCAUAUAUCAAGGUCUGAUUGGUUGGUUUGACGGUGACGCGGCAAGCCUGAACCCGCUGACAAAAAAACAGCGUGCUCAUAAAAUUAUGAACAUCGCCACGCUGCCUGCGAUGUAUGAAAGCGCCAAAGCGAGCUACGACAGAUCCAAUGCACAUCUAGCGUCCAGUGGUUUUCCAAUUAAUGAGGAGCUUCAGUGGGCGCUGGAAUUGACAACAAUGAUAUUAGACACUAAAAGAACUGAGAAUGACUUGUACCCUGUCGCAAGACAGCUUAAAAUCGACGUUUUGAGGGCGCUAGCAGUUUCCCAGAUCAGUGCAACGGGCAGGAACUUCUACUUCACAGUAGCUCUUGAAAUGGAACAAAAUAUUAACAGUUUUUACGGUGCAGACUAUAUAAAGCAGACUUUAUUGCUUUCAACUGCUGACCAAUUACUACCACAGUACGCUUUACGUUUUAAUGCGGAAGCUUGUGACCCUACAGCACCAAUGUCCGUGGUACUGAGCUUUACUGACAUAAACAGAAAGUACAAAAUCAAAAUCAGAAACUGCGUCGCAAAUCUCAUCAGUGAAGAUUUGACAAGUCACAGCGAGUGUGACGUCACAGCCAGUAUGACGUGGGUGCUAUGGAGAUCUAUUGUAGUAGGGGACGAAACAAUUAUUGAGUCUUAUGGAAAAGGAGAGAUCUAUCUUGAUGGUGAUGAACCAUGGUGGAAACUCUUGGCAACUUUAGAAAAGUUUUUAUCUCUAAUGGACCGUUCCGAUUUUCUGACAGCCCAAUAAUAUAAGCUAUUUACAAUCUUACUCCUUUGCUGUAUUUCGUGUCUUCGGUGUUGUGAUUAUAGUUAGGGUUGGGGGAAGAUGGGACACCUUCAGCACAUAUUAAAUAUCCUAAUCGUUUUUUAAAGAAUUACCAAUGGUCUAUAAAAGCUGUGCAGAUACGGUUUUAUAAUUCUUUGAACGUUCUUUGAUUAUUACUAAUAAGACGAGAGAAUAGAACAAAAAAGUGUCCGAUCUUCCCCCACCCUAUACUGUACAACUACGGUGUAUAAAGCACAUUUACAAUUAACCCUUAACCAAUAACUAAACAACUAAAAAAGUUAAUAAAUAAACAUUCAAGAAUUG